AUGGAGAACCAAACUCAAGAACUUAACGAUAUUUACGCUGAAAUUCUCCUUCCCAAUAGCAUCUUAGUGAUCUUUGGAACAGUCUUUGGAAUUCUGGGAAAUAUCGUUAUUUUAUACGCCUAUGCGUUGGGUGUACAGGACGAUGCGGGGGAGCGAUACUUCAUUCCGAUUCUAGCUUUUAUAGACACAAUCGGAUGUAUUACGAGCAUUGUGUAUUACCUCUUAGACAACUACUUCCUGUUUGUUUUCCCCAGCGACUCUCUUUGCCGCGUGUUGAGUUUUCUUAUGUGUUUCACUUCCGGUUUUUCCGGAAACACUUUGUUAGUGAUUGCCCUUCAGCGGUACCUCCUGAUCUGUCGACCUCUUGGACGUCAGUUGUCAUCCACCAGUAGACGACUGGCCGUUUUUAUUUUACUCCUGGUUACUUUUAUCUAUUCUUCUCCUUUAUUUGCCACCAGCGGAAUUCGUACAUCGACAAAGGUGUUUUUAAAUCAAAAUGUCACCGGAAAUACCUGCGUCUUAUCCGUACAAGGAGGAGGCGCAACAAUGGCCUACUUUCUUCUCCUCUUGGUCAUAAUUAUCGUCAAUAUCUCUGUUGUGGCAGCUUUCUAUAUACCUGUCACAAAAACUAUUUAUCAUCACCUAAAAAUGAAAAACAGAAGGAGGAGUUAUGUUCAUAAUUUCAGAAUGUCUAUAGCUGUAAUAUCAAAUAACCGGGAUUCUACCGACACCAAUGCCAUUUGUACAGCUACAAGAACACAUAGGACAAUAUCCACUGAAUCGGCUCCGCAGGCAAAAACCCGGAUAAAUAUAAUGUUCCUGGCGAUUAUAACGGUGUACAUAUUCUCCUAUGUACCGUCAUUUGCCAUAUUACUUAUUACCUACACGAUUGAGGGCUUCGACUACUUACAGCUAUCACCUCUUGGCAUCAACGCCUGGAUAUUUUCGGCACGGUUGAUAGUGCUGAACCAUAUCGUCAAUCCAUUCAUAUAUGGAUACUUUGACGGAAAACUAAAAUCUAAAUUGAAGUCAUUAUUUUUUCGUAAAUAA